AUGGCAUUUACCCCUCGUCUUCGAAUUUCGUCCCCGCAGCUGCCAGAGGCGCACAAAGGGCAGGAAAUGGAAUCUAUCAGCGACACCGUGUCCAAGGCCCAGAAAUCAGAACGCCGGGUUCUUCUCUCGUUUGAUGAGAUGCCGGAAUGGUUCCGACGUGAAUCUAACCCAUGGAUUCUCCGUGGCUACCGGCCCAUCUCAGGCUCCGCUCGCGUUUCAUUUCACAGUUGGUCGUAUAUUCACAACGAGUCAGCCAAUAUCUAUUCUCACCUUAUUCCGGCCGUUUUCUUCCUACUCGGCGAGUGGUAUAUCCAGCAGUACCUUACUAGCAGAUACUCCGGGAUCACUAGCGCCGAUAUCAUUGUUUUCUCUAUCUUUAUGUUGGCAGCCGUCACGUGCCUAUCUUUAUCGACGACGUACCAUACCUUGCUGAACCACUCCCAGCAUAUGGAACAUUUCUGCCUACGACUAGAUAUGCUAGGUGUAGUCAUCUUUAUCCUAGGUGACCUUGUCUUAGGAAUAUACAUGGUUUUCUGGUGUGAAAGUUUGCUACGGAAAAUCUACUGGUCUAUGAUUGGGACUUUUGGGGCAUUGACUAUUCUUAUGACAAUGCAUCCCAAGUUUCAAGGCCCGAAGUAUCGCCUCUUUCGAGCAUUAAUGUUCGUGGCGACUGGCUUGUCCGGUGUUGCACCCUUGAUUCAUGGACUUAGCGUGUUCGGCAUGUCACAGAUGAUGAGAAAAGCUUUGCCCUAUACUCUGGCAAAAGCAGGCUGCCUUCUAUCUGGGACUUCGUUUUAUGUAACUAGAUUUCCCGAAAGUCGGUAUCCUGGUAAAUUCGACCUAUGGGGAUCCCAUUCAAUAUUCCACAUCCUGGUCGUAUGCGCCGCUGUGGUCCAAUUGAUGGGGUAUUUGGAUGCCUUCGACUACGCGCAGGCAAAUCUUACUUGCUCGUCUCUUUGA